ACAGACACAGCUGUGGAAGUUCCCUAGCCACAGGAAACACUGCUUAUAGUUGAGUCAAUCAUUUCAAAACUCUUCUUGAUGUUGCUGUGGUGCAGUACAUCCAUCCAGAGUUAUGUUAAAAGGAUAGCGAUAGAUGAUCCCUUCAAAAACACGAGGGGGAAAAGAAAAGGCGAAAGAUGAGCGCCGUGACGUGGCAGAGCCGGUGUGGAGAGCGUUCAGUCUGAUCUCCAGCAGCAGCAGCAUGUGGACGCUCAUCUUCACCGCCCUGCUUCCCUCAGUCAUCUUAUCACACGAAGCGGACACGAAAAAACCCGGCGGUCUGGCGAGAGGCAGAGUGGAGACGUGUGGGGGAUGACAGCUGAACAGGCUGAGGGAGGUCAAGGCCUUCGUGACCCAGGACAUUCCUCUCUACCACAACUUGGUGAUGAAGCACAUUCCUGGGGCCGACCCUGAACUCGUCCUUCUCAACCACUACUAUGAAGAACUAGAUAGAAUCCCAUUAUCUGAAAUGACUCGCGCCGAGAUUAACAAACUCUUGGCGACGCUGGGCUUUUAUAAGAAAGAGAAUCCCGACGACCAAGUGCCGGAGGAGUUCCGCUUUGCUCCAGCGAAAGACAGUCCUUUCGAGGGCCAAUCCACCAGCCCGCCCCCUAAGACUGAUACUGACCAAUCAGAGGCCGACUCCCAGCACACAGAUUUGUAACCCACUUACGUAAGAGAGAUGGCGUGGGACGCCAGCGGUGUGAGACCUACUUGAUUUACAAUUACCAUGAGAACUAAAACCGAGCCAGACGAGCUCUCUCCAGAGUUUAAUGUGGCCACAUUAUUGUUUAAAAAUAGUUCCUGCAUUCAGCAGCUUGAUUUGAUUUUGAGUGGUGUAACUCCGACUGUAAAAUAUGUAUGUAGUAAGUGUGUGAGUAGUUCAUGUUUGUGGCGGUGAACUGUAACGGUCGUUCGCUCUCACUGUUCUGUACAGAACCUUGUUUCUGCCCAGAGGGGACUUUAAUGAUGUCCACAGCUGUAAAAGCCUGAGACUGGCUGCGGACUGAUGAUCUCUGGUCUCACGGGCACAAAUCAGGCCUCAGAACAGACUGUGGGAGCUUAAAGGUACCACUGACAAAAUAAACGGCUUAAACAUCA